AUGCGGAAGUCAUAGUUCCGUUAACUUCAGUUGAUUCCGUUUAGUCUGAAAUUUGUGGUAGCGGUAGAACAGUCACACGCUUUCACAUCGCAACACCUCGACUGAACAGUCUGUGCCUCAUCCACAAAAAGGAGAAUCAUGAACAGCAACUACAGCGUCUCCCUGGGUGGCCCCGCCCCCUGGGGCUUCAGACUGCAGGGAGGAAAGGACUUCUGUCUGCCCCUCACUAUCUCACGGCUGACCGAUGGGGGCAAAGCAGCCAAAGCCAAAAUGAGUGUGGGAGAUGUAGUUCUGUCUAUCGACGGAAUCGCCACCAACGGCAUGAACCAUCUGGAGGCCCAGAACAAGAUCAAAGCCUGCACUGACAACCUCAACCUCACCCUGCAGAAAGCUUCCAGUGUUCCCAAGGCUGAUACACCAAAGGACGAGCCACUGGAGAUCAUUAAGCCUGUGCCAAUCACCCAUCCAGCUCCGCCCUUCACCAGCCCCUCCCCCCAACCCGGUGCUGCCUACAACAAGACGGCCCGCCCCUUUGGCGGGGGCAGCAAUGUGGGUGCAGUCACUUCCUCCCUGACCGCCCCAAAGGUGGCCUCCAUCCCCUCUGCAUCGUCUGCUUUCACCCCCGGCCCCUCCUCCCAGCAGCCCCAGCCUCCCUUCCCACUAGCUAGCCGCUCCCGCUCCCCAGCCCCACCUAGCUCGGCCCCCCCCAGACCCGGCUCUGGCCGUUCCCCUACCACCCCCUCCUCCACUCCCUCCUCUUCUUCCUCAUCCUCCCCGGCCAGAGUGACAGCCCCCUCCUCCAAUCCCGGUGCUCCGCAGUCCUCUUGCUAUAACACGCCAAUAAACCUGUACUCCAAUGCCAAUGCCUGUGAGGUGGCCAUAGGACAGAGGCGGGGCCUGUUGGAAGCCCAGGGUGUGGUGGUCGACCAGAUCAAAGAACAGUUUAAUGGGAACAGAGUUGAACCAGAGUUGACCCACGCCUCGCCCCUCAGUGAGGCCAGUAAGAAGCGUCUGAUCGAGGACACAGAGGACUGGCAUCCUCGCACCGGAACCUCCCAAUCCAGGUCCUUCAGAAUCCUGGCUCAGAUCACCGGCACAGAGAAAGACCAAGCCCAGGAGAACAGCGCUGGAAAAAAUAAAGUUGUUGAGAAUGCCCCGCCCAGUGGCCACAUCACAACAUCAGUGAAGACCAUGACCAAAGUCCCAGGAGCCCCCAGGAAUGGCAGCAGUGUCCCGCCACCCACCUUCAAGACCCCGUCUGCCCAGGUCAAACCCUCCUGGCCAGCUGGAGGUUCAGCAGGUUUCUCUAAGGGUGGCGCUGCGCCCUCUUUUGGGAGGGUCAGCAACACUGCACCAGUACCCACAGUACCCAAAGUUUCUGACCGCCCUGCCCCCCAGGCGCACCCUAAGGACCAGAACUCCCUGGUACAGCGGGCCGAACACAUCGCAGCGGGAACACGCACCCCCAUGUGUGGCCACUGUGACAAGGUCAUCAGAGGUCCUUUCCUGGUGGCCAUGGGCAUGUCCUGGCACCCUGAGGAGUUUAACUGUUCCCACUGCCACAUGUCUCUGGUGGAGUCUGGCUUCGUGGAGGAGAGGGGAACAGUGUACUGUGCUCACUGCUAUGAGAAGUUCUUUGCCCCUACCUGCACCAGCUGCCAGCAGAAGGUCCUGGGGGAAGUCAUCAAUGCCCUGAAGCAGACAUGGCAUGUGUACUGCUUCCUGUGUGCGUCCUGCCAGCAGCCAAUCGGAAACAACACCUUCCACCUGGAGGACGGCCUGCCAUACUGUGAAAGAGACUACUAUCAACUCUUUGGUACCAGUUGCCAUGGUUGCGACUUUCCCAUCGAGGCAGGAGACAAGUUUCUGGAGGCGUUGGGAUUCACCUGGCAUGAUACCUGCUUCGUGUGUGCAGUCUGCAACACCAGUUUGGAGGGCCAAGCCUUCUUCUCUAAAAAGGACAAGGCUCUGUGCAAGAAACACGCCAAUACAGUCAAGAUCUGAUCCACCCCCAGGAGUGAAGAACAGAGUUGUUGAUAUUUUUGGUAGUUUUAAAAGAUUGAUUUACCUGAUUAUGACUUAUUAACAUAUGUUUGGUUAUGGGGAGUUAAGCUUUAUUUCAUCUUCUCUGAUGUAUCUGUGUGUGUGUGUGUGUGUGUGUGUUUACCGUUCACCGCUUGUGCCAUAUAAAAAAGGGGAAAAUAUUUUGCUAAAAUGAAGGUAUGAAAAAGUACCUAGUGUAUUUUCUACCGAUUUAGAUUCAUUAGAUAUUUGAAGAUUUGUUGAAGUCAGACAAAGUGCAUGAUGGGAGAAAGUAUGUUGACUUUUGAUUUUUCAUGAAAUAUCUGAUUGAAAUGUUCUUUACAUACAGUACAAGAAUAUCCUGUAGUUAGGUGAACACGUAAGGUAGUGAUACUCAAGAAGCGGCCCGGGGCCUCAUCAUGAUAUUUCUUGAAGCCCUCAACAUGAAUUUAUUUCAUAAAUGAAAAUCCACUACAUAUGAUACCUUAGCAUGUAUAGUAGUUAGUCUAAUUAAAGUCUUAUUUUAGCAUAUAAUGGGGACCUUAUCAAAUUAACAUUAAUCAGUGGACAUAUUCAAAUCAAUUAUCACCUUAUUGAAAAAUAAUGUGUUGUUGAGAACAACUACCCCCCCUCUCCCCUCAUCUGUCUCUGUCUGUCUCUCUCUCUGCUGGUCUGUUUGAAUCUGUAGACAGAUCUGUAUUUAUCCUGGUAGUAUAUUUAUUGGGGCUGGAGGGACGUAGGAAUGUACUGUAUUUUGGGCUUUCUAGGGUCAGUUGCACAUAGUGGUUUACUGACAAAGUCAGACGGUCAGGACAGUUAUUUUAUUUGCAGUAGGGGUUUUCUGAGUUUAUUGUUGUAUUGAUUUUUCUAAGUAUUUUUAUGGAUUAAAUUUCCAUACAUUUUUAACCUAAACUUAGACACCAUUUUUAUUUUGCUGCCACUGAUGAAUGCUUGCCUGUGUGGUGUUUAUUGGUGUAAUUCAUUCCAUUACCAAUCGUAUUUUCCAUGAUGUUACUCAUCCAAACUACAGAAUACAAAAUGUUACCAUUUUUCUCUACAUCUCUACAAUGUCAGUGUUAUUGUGAUUUGUAUUGGACCUUUGUUGGAAGAACAUUUUAUUGAGAAAUACAGUACAUUAAUCCAA